UUUUUCUUCAUAAUGAUUGCACUUGGAUGUGGAGCUGUGGUGUGUGCCGUCAUCGUAUUACGUAUCUACCACAGCGGAGGUGAACGACAUAUGCCUACAUGGCUAAGAUAUAUCAUCAUAAAACGAUUACAACGCAUGCGCAAGAAAAGACAUAGUCUACCGGAAGUAGUAACAGUCGCAGAAAAACAACCCAGGGAAUCAAAGUCUUACAAUUCAAUAAACUUGGACAAUCCAAAUGGGAAAGGACCCCUCGUCAUGCGGCAGACUCACUCUCAUUCACACGGUCAUAACCAUCAUAACCAUGGUCACACCCAUGGUCACAAUCACGGCAACGACAGCGGUAGCGAGGAGAUGCACGACAACGAGAACAGCCAGCUGUAUGAACCCCAACUCAUCGACCACAAGCUACAGAUGAAAUCACGCUUCCAUCGACGAGACAGUAAAAGUAAGGAACUGAAUGCAAUGUUGUGGAGGGAGUUCGCCCUCGCUCUCGACAAGGGAUUGGGUAUCUUUGUAGCAAUGAUCAUCAUCGGUGAAUGUCUCUAUGUCAUGAUCAUCUUCAUCGCUAUGCCGAACCUCGUUAAAAACAAUACCAUGGACGACUGAAACUAUAGGAUAACGACGACGAUGGCAUGAUGACGACUACGCGGGUCGAUCGAUACAAGUUUAGCAGACGGUAAACGUGCCAAUAGAUUGAGGAUGAAGGUCCAUUGCAUGAUUGCAGAAUUAAGGAUCAUGAAAUAUGUAUUUGUCGAAAGACUGAGUAGAGACUUCAUUCGAAAAAAAAAACUUACCCAAACUAUUCAAUUGCGAGAGCUCAUUGCGUUUUAUGGAAAUUGGAUGUUUUAUUAUUGUAGAUGGCGCUUUUUCACUUUGACUGGCUAGCCAUCCACUACUGUAGCCAUCGAUAGCAUAUUUUCUUUGUGCUCCAGCCAAAAUUAUUUGAUCAUCCCUAUUGUAUAAUAACCAAUUAAUAUGUGGUGUAAGGCACCCCUAAAUUAGUUAUGUCGCUUAAAGCAGGGGUAGGGAUGAAGACGUGAUACAUCAUCAUCACGUCAAUGAAUUCACUUUGGUGUUUUUGUUGCAUCUUUAAAAAAUCUAGUUUCUGAAAAAAAAUAUCGCGUAGUGAGAAUUUUUUAAAGAUAAUAUAAUUUUUUCAUCAAAAUUUGAGAAUUCUUUUUAUUUUCAUUGCUCUCAAAUGUUCACAAAAUGCAAUCUGAUUAUUAUUUGCGUGUGGGGGUGUUAUAAAACAACCCCUUCACAGCAUGUCACUCCAUCACUCCCUCCCAAAUGCGUCAUUGAUUUUUUUUUCUUUUGAGGCUAUUUCAUCGUGAAAAAAGAAAGAAAAGAAUAUGUCAAACUGACAAACUGCAUGUUUUGCGAUUAUGCAGAACAUUUUUAUUGUAAACUCUUUGUUAAUUACUUUUGUUCAUACGAACUUGCGCAGGACGCAGCGAAAACAUUUUCUUUGUUUGGAGGUGGAAUGUGUCUCCUUUAGCCCAAAACUCUUUUUGGAGUGUUUGGUGAUAUAGACUUUUAUGUAUUUUUUUUUACAUUAUUCAUUGUAAUUAUAUACAUGUAGGUCAAUGCUUUGUCAGAUGAGAAUAGCAAUCUUAUUCCGGCAUAUAGUCAUUCGAAGAGCCAAGUACAAAAAAGAAAUCGCACAAAAAUUAGUUUUUGUCAUAUUCGAAAUAUUGUUUAUAUCGUUCGAAAAUAUAUUAUUGACUAAAAUAAGAAGGUUGGAUGACACGUUAGUCCUUAGAUAUCUUUUCAUUGGCCCAUACAUUUUCUACUCGAUAUCAGUCAACCAAAAUGAAUGUCUGUAAUAGCUAAUGAAAUAAUGGUAGAUAAAGCCAGCAGAAAGCAACUACUAUCUCCCGUCAUUGGUUGAACCCGUCAAAUCGAUCUAGUUGAUAAACAAAUUCUAAUAUUCUGACUGCCUUUGAGUGCUAUACAGUAUCAGGUCCAAUGCACCAAGUUCACAAAAUAUUGCACAAAUCAUAGACGAGUGCAACAAUCGUGCUAGUUAAAUUAGUCAGUCGGCAGGUCCUCAAAAAGUAGCUUCAUUUAUCCCAGAGAUAUUCAUGACUAGAAAGGUUUUGCAUGUUUAUUGAGCUGGGUGCGGACCAAAUAAUUCUAUCAUAGCUGCUCUAAAUAUAUAAAAUUUUAGAGUUUGGUAUCAUUGUAAAGAAGAAGAAUAAUUCUUUCAGGUAAUGUGUUUGAAUUUAUUUAAAAAUUUUGUGAUGUUGGUGAAACUUUUGAUGCUACAAAACAAUUAUUUUCACCUAACAAAAGUUAUUUUUACACUUUAUUUCUGUUUGAGCCCCAAUGACUUUUUAAUCAUGAUAAAGCUGAAGAUCUAAGCUUUGAUAUGAAAUAUGUUGUAUAAGAAGAGAUGUUGUAAAUGGGUCAGAAUCCACCUAUUAAUAGGCCAAGUACAUUUUGCAGCUUGAAAGCAAGAAUACUGCACUCUUAUUGAUCAAUGAGACCAGACACCCAUCCAAAUUCAAACGGUUUUCACACUGUGGCCUGUCCAAGGUCACACUCAACAUGUGGCAAUCUCUUCAAAUUACCCGGGCAUUUUUUGAAACAUUAUCCAGCCAAUCAGAGCUCUGGAUUUCAUGUUACUCAGAAAUUUCAGAAAUCUUGUUUUGUAUCUUGAUUGGAAUAUCUGGAUCCUGACCUAUUUCCAAGGUGCCACACAUCAAGAGUGACAUUGUGAGAAAGUACAAAGAAUGAGCUUUACGAUGAUAUAGAUAUUAUUUGGGCUCAAAAUAAAAAGUUUUGCUCAAUUUGCAAGAGAAACAGAAGAAGAAAACAUCUUUUUAGAGACAUCUUUUCAGGCCUGAAAUGAGCUUAUUUAUCAAAUAUUUCAUCCAAAUCUAAUGACUAUUAUAAAAGCGUAACAUUUACUCAUUUCACUUUUAUACUUGAAGAUAAAGUGGUGAAAUUCUUUGAGAAAGAAAGUCUCAUAAUUCACGAAAUUUUGCAGGGAUGUGAAUUCAGCCAUUAGAGGGCUAGAAUAAAUCUUGCUUAUUUGCUAAUUAGCAUAGGGCCCUGCAGUCUAGCUGUGAUUCUAAAAAUAAUCUCUGAAUUUUUAUUUUUCGCAACUCCAAAUAUUGAAAACGAGCAUCCAAAAGCCCAGUACACACGGUCCACCUGCAAUACCAUUGGUUUGCGAUAGACUGAUCCCGAUCGGAUUAAACCAUGAAACAUAGGGGAAUGAACCAAAAUUACACAAUCUCUAUUGAUUUACUUUAAAUAAACGUGUGACAAGAUCCUUCAUAUAGUUAAUCUAAUACAAAUAUUAUUUGAAUUGAAAAACAAAUAGCUGUGUGUGAUUUGUCGAUUCCAUGUUUGCAUUCGUGUAAUGAUAUCGUGACAUAUCUAUAUUUUGUUCAAUAUUUACUAAACUUUUCAAUAUUUCCUUUUCAAUUACAGCUGAUUAAUGGGCAAGGAGAAUGUUUACAUAAUUUGUAUUUGUUGUUUAAAAAAAAGAUGUAUAGACUGAACAUAUCAAUGUUAACAUGUUAUAACCUCUUAUAUGUUUUUGUUUUGUAACUAACUCCAAUGACCUAGAUACAUGAAUGUUGAAUAUUUCACCAAAAUACAUCGAAUUUUGCCUCCCAAUGUUGUUUAGAAUUUCCAUGUCAUGAUUAAUAGAUCUAUUGAUAACUUCU